AUGGGCUUUAGGCGCUCUAGGCGCGGUCACCACCAUCCAGGCUACCCCCUACAAGACCUGGUCAAGACAGACGACUUAGACCGACAACUCAAGCCCGAUCUGAAAAAGCUUGUGGUCUGGCUCACGGGCGGAUGUGAUGAUCCCGACCUGGCUGCUCACGUCGAAUUCCCUCUCCCCGUCGACCAGUUCGCCCAAUUAGAGGUGUUGCUGCAUGGUGAAGGUGCCUUUGAAGGGUUCGGGCUCCGAUACGACUACGACGCCGAUGUCGAGGUCCUUACCGUCAGAAAACCAAACCCGAAGCACGGCAUCAUAGUCGCAAUGACGGCGCGCCGACUGCGAAUCCUCAUCACCGAGUUACACAAACACAAGCAACCUUUUGCAGCCUCCCUGGCCUCGUCACUGGGUUCUCCUUACUCCGCCAUGAUGAAAUAUCCGUCCACGGCCAGCACUUGUGAAAUCAAGCGCUCGCCCGAUAUCGACAUCCGAAGCCAAAUGGGUGACGAUUUGGUCCCAGUUCUGGUUGGCGAAGUUGGGAGCUCACAGACGGUCAAAUCCGUCAACACCAAGUGCAAGGAGUAUAUCCAGAAUACUCAGGGCGCCACACGCACGGCAUUUGCAAUCGACCUGGGGGAUCCUAACGGAAAGCUCGCAUACAUCUCCAUCUGGAGAGCCAUAUUCGACGACGGCGGAAAGUUUCAAGGAGCGACACGUGAUGAGACAGUGGUGAUCCGCAACAACGACGGCAACCAGAACCCAGACUGCAAAGCGGGCAUUGUGUUGACUCUCGAAGACUUUUGCCCUGUUGAAGUCACCCCUCGUGGCGUGGAUCUGAAGUCGAUCACCAUGACACUGUCUAUCACAGAGCUCUUCGAUGUCCUGGAAUUCGCCGAAGAAAGAGAAGAAGCGGCCAGAAACAAACGCGAGAGGAAAGAUUGA